AUGUUUGGCCGCAGGAGCAUGGCCCGAACACAUGAUUUGUGGGAGGGGAUGUGCACUGCGACGAGAAGGAAAAAAAUGUUGCGAGACGACCACCACUACAAGACCGGAGUGAAGUUGUGUUUUGUCCACUUGCGCGAGGGCAGCCUGCCACCUGGUCGGUUAGGAGGAUUAUUUUUUUUGCGUCGUUGCGCUCUCUUUUUAUUCCGCUGCGUUUUCCUGCGGACCUGCGAAGGGAGAUUUGCAAGAAAUUCCUGCGAGGCGUCCGUGCCGUCGUCGGAAAAGUGGAUUCCCCCUGAAAAACGCCACUUUUUAGAUUUAUUGUGGGCGGGGAGUUCCUGUCGAUUCAAUGCGACUUUGUUUUGCGUAUUUGAUGCGUGUGUUUCCGAGCGGUUCGGUCUGUGCUCCCGGCCCACUCGGAUGUGGUGUGCGCGUCGACGUGAGGGUGCCUGCCAGCCGUUUUAUUGCCUUCCCCGCUGUGGCUGCCGCCGCUGCCUUCUUCCCUCCUGA